GAAAACACAAAUCUCACCCGCCACCGGUGUUCCCUAUAUAUAUCCAAUCCUCCUCUGUCAACCGCAUACAGCGAAAUUUCACCGAAGCAAAAGAAAAAGUAUUCCCAAUUCAAAACCCUAGAUCUGUCUGAGUGUGGAAAUGUCGGGUCGUGGAAAGGGAGGCAAGGGUCUGGGUAAGGGAGGAGCCAAGAGGCACAGGAAGGUUCUCCGCGAUAACAUCCAGGGCAUCACCAAGCCUGCUAUUCGCCGUCUGGCUCGGAGAGGCGGCGUCAAGAGGAUCAGCGGCCUCAUCUACGAGGAGACGCGUGGUGUACUGAAGAUAUUUCUCGAGAACGUUAUCCGCGACGCGGUGACAUAUACGGAGCAUGCUCGUAGGAAGACGGUGACCGCCAUGGAUGUGGUUUAUGCGCUCAAGAGGCAAGGGAGGACCUUGUAUGGUUUCGGUGGUUGAUUUGGUUUGCUAUUAUGCUCUUGUAGAGCUGUAAAUCAGUUAAUUGCCAUUGCUGUAGUCGUAGUUUCUGGUCUAGAGUUCUUGGUUAUGUAGGUUGGAUUGCUUCUAGCGAAAACUUCUUAGCCCUUGGUUCAACUUAUGCUGAAUUUCUCUCGAACUAUUAUUUGAACUUUCUAUGUUACGUCCUAUGAUUUCCAGGUAA